AUUCCCCUCGGGAAGGGUCGGAGCACCUCGGGAAGGGUCGGAGCACCUCAGGAAGGGUUGGAGUCCCUCAAGGUGUUGGGAAGAGUUGGAGUCCCUCAGGAAGGGUCGGAGCCCCUCGAGGUGUUGGGAAGAGUUGGAGUCCCUCGGGAAGGGUUGGAGACCCUCAGGAAGGGUCGGAGCCCCUCAAGGUGUUGGGAAGAGUCAGAGCCCUUUGAGAAGGGUCGGAGCCCCUCGGGGUGUCGGGAAGGGUCGGAGCUCCUUGGGAAGAGUCGGAGCACCUUGAAGUGUUAGAAAGGAUCGGAGUCCCUCGGGAAGGGUUGGAGCCCCUCGAGGUGUUGGGAAGAGUUGGAGUUCCUCGGGAAGGGUUGGAGGUGUUGGGAAGAGUCAGAGCUCCUCGAGGUGUCGGGAAUGGUCAGAGCCCCUCAGGAAGGGUUGGAGACGUUGGGAAGAGUCGGAGCCCCUCGAGGUGUUGGGAAGGGUUCGAGGUGUUGGGACGAGUUGGAGUCCCUCAGGAAGGGUCGGAGCCCCUUGAGAUGUCAGGAAUGGUUGGAGUUCCUCGGGAAGGGUUGGAGGCGUUGGGAAGGGUUGGAGCUCCUUGAGAAGAGUUGGAGCCUCUCGGGGUGUCGGGAAUGGUCAGAGCCCCUUGGGAAGAGUCAGAGCUCCUCGAGGUGUUGGGAAGAGUUGGAGUCUCUCAGGAAGGGUCGGAGCCCCUCGAGGUGUUGGGAAGAGUUGGAGUCCCUCGGGAAGGGUUGGAGGUGUUGGGAAGGGUUGGAGACCCUCAGGAAGGGUCGGAGUCCCUCGAGGUGUUGGGAAGAGUUGGAGUUCCUCAGGAAGGGUUGGAGCCCCUCGAGGUGUUGGGAAGAGUUGGAGUCCCUCAGGAAGAGUCGGAGCCCCUCGAGGUGUUGGGAAGAGUUGGAGUUCCUCAGGAAGGGUUGGAGGUGUUGGGAAGAGUUGGAGUCCCUCAGGAAGGGUCGGAGCCCCUCGAGGUGUUAGGAAGGGUUGGAGACCCUCGGGAAGGGUUGGAGGUGUUGGGAAGAGUUGGAGUCCCUCGGGAAGGGUCGGAGCCCUUUGAGGUGUUGGGAAGAGUUGGAGUUCCUUGGGAAGGGUUGGAGGUGUUGGGAAGAGUUGGAGUCCCUCAGGAAGGGUUGGAGGUGUUGGGAAGAGUUGGAGUCCCUCAGGAAGGGUCGGAGCCCCUCGAGGUGUUAGGAAGGGUUGGAGUUCCUCAGGAAGGGUUGGAGGUGUUGGGAAGAGUUGGAGUCCCUCGGGAAGGGUCGGAGGCCCUCGAGGUGUUGGGAAGAGUUGGAGUCCCUCGGGAAGGGUUGGAGGUGUUGGGAAGAGUUGGAGUCCCUCGGGAAGUGUUGGAGCCCCUCGAGGUGUUGGGAAGGGUUGGAGUCCCUCGGGAAGGGUUGGAGACCCUCAGGAAGGGUUGGAGUCCCUCGAGGUGUUGGGAAGAGUUGGAGUCCCUCGGGAAGGGUCGGAGCCCCUCGAGGUGUUGGGAAGAGUUGGAGUCCCUCGGGAAGGGUUGGAAGUGUUGGGAAGAGUUGGAGCCCCUCGAGGUGUUGGGAAGGGUCGGAGUCCCUCGGGAAGGGUUGGAGGUGUUGAGAAGGGUCAGAGCCCUUUGAGGUGUUGGGAAGAGUUGGAGUCCCUCGGAAAGGGUUGGAGGUGUUGGGAAGGGUCGGAGUCCCUCGGGAAGGGUCGGAGUCCCUCGAGGUGUUGGGAAGAGUUGGAGUCCCUCGGAAAGGGUUGGAGGCGUUGGGAAGGGUUGGAGUCCCUCAGGAAGGGUUGGAGGUGUUGGGAAGAGUUGGAGUCCCUCAGGAAGGGUCGGAGUCCCUUGAGGUGUUGGGAAGGGUUGGAGUCCCUCGGGAAGAGUUGGAGUCUCUCAGGAAGGGUCGGAGCCCCUCGAGGUGUUGGGAAGAGUUGGAGUCCCUCAGGAAGGGUUGGAGCCCCUCGAGGUGUUGGGAAGAGUUGGAGUCCCUCAGGAAGAGUCGGAGCCCCUCGAGGUGUUGGGAAGAGUUGGAGUCCCUCAGGAAGGGUCGGAGCCCCUCGAGGUGUUGGGAAGGGUUGGAGACCCUCGGGAAGGGUUGGAGUCCCUUGAGGUGUUGGGAGGAGUUGGAGUCCCUCGGGAAGGGUUGGAGCCCCUCGAGGUGUUGGGAAGAGUUGGAGUCCCUCAGGAAGGGUCGGAGCCCCUCGAGGUGUAGGGAAGGGUCGGAGUCCCUCAGGAAGAGUCGGAGCUCCUCGAGGUGUUGGAAAGGAUCAGAGUCUCUCAGGAAGGGUUGGAGCCCCUUGAAGUGUUGGGAAGAGUGGAAGCCCCUCAGGAAGGAUUGGAGACCCUCAAGGUGUUGGGAAGGGUCGGAGCCUCUCGGGGUGUCGGGAAGAGUCGGAACUCCUCGGGAAGAGUCAGAACCUCUCAAGGUGUCGGGAAUGGUCGGAGCCCCUCGGGGUGUCAGGAAGAGUCAGAGCCCCUCAGGAAGAGUCAGAGCCCCUUGGGAAGAGUCAGAACUUCUCAGGAUGUCGGGAAUGGUCGGAGCCCCUUGGAGUCCCUCGGGAAGGGUUGGAGUCCCUUGGGAAGGGUCGGAGCCCCUCGGGAAGGGUCAGAGCUCCUUGAGGUGUUGGGAAGGGUUGGAGCCCCUCGGGAAGGGUUGGAGCCCCUCGGGAAGAGUUGGAGCCUCUUGGGAUGUCAGGAAUGGUCGGAGCCCAUCUGGAAGGGUUGGAGCCCCUCAAGGUGUUGGGAAGAGUCGGAGCCUCUUGGGAAGAGUUGGAGCCUCUUGGGGUGUCGGGAAGAGUCGGAGCCCUUCGGGAAGAGUCAAAGUCCCUCAAGGCAUUGGGAAUGGUCGGAGCCCCUCGGGAAGUGUUGGAGGUGUUGGGAAGGGUUGGAGUCCCUCAGGAAGAGUCAGAGCCCCUCGAGGUGUUGGAAAGGAUUGGAGUCUCUCAGGAAAGGUUGGAGCCCCUCGAGGUGUUGGGAAGAGAUGGAGUCCCUUGGGAAGGGUUGGAGGUGUUGGGAAUGGUCGGAGCCCCUUGGGAAGUGUUGGAGGCAUUGGGAAGAGUUGGAGUCCCUCAGGAGUAGUUGGAGCCUCUCGGGGUGUCGGGAAGGGUUGGAGUCCCUCAGGAAGGGUUGGAGGUAUUGGGAAUGGUCAGAGCCCCUCGGGAAGUGUCGGAGCCCCUCAAGGUGUCGGGAAGAGUUGGAGCCCCUCGGGAAGGGUUGGAGGCAUUGGGAAGAGUCGGAGCCUCUUGAGAUGUCGGGAAUGGUUGGAGCCCCUCGGGAAGGGUUGGAGGUGUUGGGAAGGGUUGGAGUCCCUUGGGAGGAGUUGGAGUCUCUUGGGGUGUUGGGAAUGGUCGGAGCCCCUCAGGAAGGGUUGGAGGCAUUGGGAAGAGUCGGAGCCUCUCAAGGUGUUGGAAAGGA